AUGUCUUCACGAAAACGCUCGUCUCAUCUUUAUACUACGGUAUGCUUACUCUUUAUCCGUUUUCGCCUCACAAAAACCUAUUCGCCCACUUCAUCUCGAUACUCCUCGACAUCGUCAUCCCCACGCGCCUCCCCACUCCCGUCCUUGCUUGCCUCCCCACCCUCUCGUUGCUCUCCUCCCUCUGGCUGCAUCUCUCGAUCCGCAGCGUCUACCUCCUGCAAACCAACGUCCAUCACUUGCUCUCCCAGCGUCCCCUCCAGCCCUAAUUCAAUGCCUAAAGGAUAA